AAAUAAGAGAACGAAAAGAGAAGCCGCCCUCGACCGGUCUCCGGCUUCGGUUCCGUGCUCUUCUGUUUGCGUUCCUCUUCCCCCCUUCUGCUUCCUCGCCGUCGCUCCACCGCUUGAGAUGGGCCGAAGCUCAUUCGCUUCAGCCUUGGCAUCGUCUUUCGUCGUCACUACCCUACGGCGUCGUCGGCAUCUGGUCUGCUUCUUUCGACGUUUCGUUGUCCUCUUAUCUCAUCCUCCUCCUUAUUUCGAUUUGCUUAGAAUGUUGAGGUGAUAUUUAUUGUUUUGGCUGGUGGCUUCAUACGAUUCGGUGCCAAUUGUUUCUUAGGGCGGAUUGCGGAGGAGGUCCUCGAUAAAAGGAUUUAUGGUUCUACGCCGGCAGGGCAGAAUGACUUGCCUUUCCGAUCAACUGCUACUAUUCACCAUGAUUCUCUCUCUCUCUCUCUCUCUCUCUCUCUCUCUCUCUCUCUCUCUCUCUCUCUCUCUCUCUCAGCUUUUAAUUCAUUUAGAUGUAAUUACGCGUUGUUCUAGGUCUGGUUCUCAGUUCUGAGUUCAAAAUUUUGGGAGUUGAAUGUACUUGCACUACAUAAUCGAACUGUUGGACUGUGAUUAAUAGCUUAAUCUAAGGGAUAGCUUAAUGGGGUUAUUCACUGUGCUGGGAGAAUUUUCUGGCCUUUGGCAGUUGACAUAGACCAGCUAGAUCGAGCUCGGAUCUUUAAGGAGCCCACCAUCGAGUUUAGGAUUUAAGAUGAAGAUUAAAUUGUUCUUGCGAGUCAGUUAAUGUUGUCCGAAACACUUGUUGGCUAAAUUGGAUCAUCUAGGAUCGUAAAAAGUCAUCUGACUGUGACGGUUUGAGGUAGUCGUAUUAGGGCUGUAGAGCUCUAAGCUGAUUUCUAACAGUAUAUGAUGCCCAAAACCCUACUUGAUAGAUUCUAGCAACAGCUGCAAUGCUGUUGAACUGUAAGGCUGCUGUAGGCUGAAAUUUUCAAUAUCUUCUAGUGGACAUAAAAAUUGAUUUAGGGACUUCUAAAGUUGUUUUGUGAUAUUCUUCUUCACAAGGAACAUCUUCAGAUGCUACUGGUGUGACUUUGGCAACGUUGUUCUCAUCAAUUCUUUCUUAUAAAGAUUGUAGGGUUGCAAUGGAGUCACGUCUAAUAUCUAUUUUGUCCAAGGGCACUUUGAUUUGAAUAAAACAUGUACACAUCUUUUCCAUCAAUCUUCAACAUCUCUUUGAGAUCUUUGUCCUUCUCUUUACUGUCGGUGGAAGUGCAAAUUAACAUAUUUUUAGGCUACUUAGGCAUCUUCAUUUUACAAAUUUUGCACUAUUAGUUGAUGAGAUGGUUUGCAUAAUUUUGUUGAUUGGCAAUAAUAGUUGUAGUGGUGUUUGCUCGACUUCCAAAUAUGUUAUUUUGGAGCUAUUAUCAUUUUCGUGGAGGAUUUGAAGUAGUGGUGGAUCUUAGUAAUUUUUAUUGAAUAUCCUACUAUAUGGUUGAGAAUGCAGUUGGUAUAGAGUAUCCUCUGGUGGUGUUCAGAUCAUUGAUAAUUUGUUAAGCUCAUCAGUGUAAUUCUUGCAGUAGUACUGACACCUGAUUGAUCUAUGAAGUUGGUUGGUCAACCUAGAUGAAUUUUCCAACCAAUAGAUCUAUGUGGACCCUCCUCAUAUCUAUGAUAAGCUUGGCAUUGAUGCCAGGGUAGUCAUGUGGAAAACUAUGUUAGAGUUGUUGAUUGACCAUUGGAUGAAUAAAAAAUUGCGUCAUAGUAGUCACCAUUUGGGACUUUGUAGUAGGCGUACGGGAAAGAUUAUGGUGGAGUUUAGCAGGGGUUCAUGAGGUUGCAAAAGGAGGACCCCAAUCUGGGGUAGGGCAGUGAAGAAGAUCAUGAAGGAUAUGUUAGCUCUGUUACUAUAUUGGUUGGAAGGAUCUCCUCUUAUGAGACUACUGUCUUCGAGGGGAAGUAGUAUAUAUAUAUUACACACAUAAAAGAGGGGGAGGGAGAGAGAAAUGAGAAAGAUUUAAUAUUUAGAAGAUCCCGGUCAUGCCUUUUGUCUUACAAGUUCACUUAUUUAUAGUAGUCGUGAGACAGGGGAAUUGAUCUCGUCUGCCCAUUAUGACUGGGUUUUGUGUUAUUUGUGCUUAAACUGCAAAUAGUGAACAUGCAUAUGCAGUUUGGUUUGUAAGAAACUCUGCAGUUUCUGUAAGGUAAGCAUAAUAAUAAUUUGAAAUGAAAAUUUUCAAUAUGUAUAUAGUGUUGUGAAAUGUGUCAAGCAGUACAACAAUUCUCAUAUGAACAGCAUGUCUGACAUGUGAAUAAUCUGCUAGAAAAGAAGUUCAUGACCCGUGGGCCUUCCACCUCCAUGCGGCAUUGCUUCUUCAAGCCUUCACCCAUUGCGGAAAAUUCCCCGCUCCUGCCUGUCAGAUUUUUGGCUUUUCUAAACUGUGUUUUAUGCAUCUCUGCUUCUUGAUUUCUGUUUAAAACUCCGAUAUUAGUUCUUGUGAUUGAUAAAUGCCUCACAAGUUUGUAACUUGUGGUUUCUCAAAAUGAUGCAGAGCUGAUAAUGAAAGAAUUACAACAUUCACAAUAGGUUCUGGAAAGGGCAUUGUCAUUCUUUUCAAAUGCCAGAUGUUGCUUUGCUGCUUCAAAUAUUUGAUUCUUUGAAGGUGUUUAAUAUCAUUAAAUAAAAGUGAACAGAUUAUGCAGUUGCAAUUGGGUAAAUAAAAGUGUUUAAUAACAAACAUAUGUUGAGGUCUAAAUUCCAUCUACUUCAGGAACAAGUAAUGGUUUUAUAAUUUGCCUUAGACAUGAACUCGCUAUACUUAUGCUCCGGUCAACAGCAGGCUAUGGUCCCUGAGGUUCAGAGCAGAGCUUUUAAACUAGAAAUAUGAAAUCACUUCUCCACCACAUGUAUGAAUUUACCUUGGUAAACAAAAGUUAGUGAACUUCCUAGUUGCUACUCUAAAAUGGAAUGUGAAACUAUAUGGCUUAAGAUAUCAUAUUGUCUUCCACGUUAGUUUGAAUUUUAAAAGAUGAUGAGCUAGGUUUUUGCUUUUCUGCUGUUGAUUAUUUGGAGCUAAUUAUUAGUUACAGGAUUCAGCAUGAAGUGGUUAUAUUGGUCAUUCUUACCUUGUUGUAUAUUAGUAAACUUAAGACAUCAUCUUUCCUGAUCAUCUUCAUAAUAUCUUUGUGAUUGUAGAAGAUUGAAUUAUUUGGAGAUGGAUAGAUUAUCUAUAAAAUCACUGAUAUCCUCUGAUGGAAUUCCCGCUAUAGUUUUGAGUCAUCAUUAUUGUACUAACUACUAACAGAACAGGUAACUCCUUCACUUCAACAAGUAUUUGGACUUCUUGGUGCUGCCUUGAACCACUGCUAUCCAGAAAGGACUUUUCCUGUCAGGUUAAUAUUUGGUAAGCAUUAUUCUUUUGCUUCUAAUUUUGGGUCUAUAAUUUUGUUCUGGCUAGGAAAUUUUAACAAACUACAGGUGUAAGCACCAUAGAUAUUUAUAGUUCAAUAUCUUGUUUUGAUAUUUUUAUUCUAAUAAAGGAUUUACUUGAGAGUAGGAUUGAAAUAGGAUAUAUUUGGCUUGGUAAAAGAGGAUUCUUCAUUCUGUAAACCACAAAGAUGUUUAAAUAAAUUUGUUACAAAUGUCUAAAUAUAUUUAUUGCAAUCAAUAGAUUUAGUUUAGCAGGUACUUCUGAUAUGGAUAUUGUUCAUGCACGUACAGUUAUGUAGAGUGUGGCUGUUGGUCAUAAAUGUAACUAGAUAUCCAAUCAUAGAUCGUUAAUAUUAUUUCUGUAAACUAAUUGUUGUCUUAUAUUUUUGUUGAUAUGCAUGCAUUGGAUUACGGAGACUAUCCUUAGAAACUAAAUGUUUUAGUAAAAUAGGACUAAAUCCGAAUACAUAAGAUGUAAUUUUAAUAAUUCUACGAAUAGAUAAGAAAAUAUAGUUAAAUUAGGAUGAAUAUGUUCUUUUAAGUAAAAGUUUUAGGUAUCUUGGAUUAAUCAUUUAACAAGAUAGAGAGAUUGAUGGAGAUAUUAUUCAUAAAGUAAAAUCAAAAUAGUUAAAAUGACAUGGAACUUUAGGAGUCUUGUGUGAUCAUCGGAUAUAUUUGAAAUUUAAAGAAAAUUUUUAUAAAACAGUUAUGAGACCAACAAUGUUUUAUGGAUCUGAGUAUAAGAUAAUUAAGAAACUAUGUAUACAAAAAAAUUGUGUUGCCGAGAUGAGAAUAUUAGAUGGAUCUAUGAAGUUACUAAAAAAGAUAAGAAAAAAAAUACUUUUAUUUGUGAACAAUUAGGUAUUGCUUUGAUAGAGGAUAAUAUAAGAGAAAAUCAUUUAAGAUAGUAUGAGUAUAUGUUUAAGAGACAUACGGAUGUAGUAGUCGGAAUAUGUGAAAUGAUUAAUGUUAAUAUUACAAGAAAAGGUAAAGAAAAAUUUUAAAAAAAAAUAAUAGAAACUAUAAAUAAAUAUUUAAGUAUUUUAAACUCAAUUAAACAUAUAACUUUUUAUUAAUCUCAAUAAUGAUAAAAGAUUUAUACAAUCGAUUCUAAAUAAUUGAGAGUUACGAUUUUAUUGUUAUUAUGAUGCGUGACAUAUUGAAAGUGAUUGGAUCUUGAAAGGUGGGGGGCAAUGCAAUUAAUUCUCUUGCAAGUUUAGUCUUUUAUGAGAGAAGCUAACUCGAUCAUAAUUGAUGGGUUAUGGUUUGCAAAAAGCAGCUCCGCCUGCUUUCCCUCUCCACCUUCCAUGGAUCUUUCUUAUCACAGUCCGCGCUGAUUGAGAACUUACUAAAUUGUCACAGCAUCGCAGGGAACUUACUAAAUUAUGCAGAUCUUACAUGCAAUUUGGCUGGGUCUCGGCGUUGGUCGAGGAUCACAGGACAGCAUGUGUUGUAGGCUGACCCUCGUGGAUUAUCUUUUUCGCAGAGCAGAGAUUACUCCAACUCAUCCAAUUUGUUUCUUCUGCCUACUCCAAUGAGGUUUCUUGGAUCUUGUUAGCUGUGUGCUGCACCAUUCAACUUGGACUUUGAAUGGAUUAGAUCCCGUACUGUUCUGCAAUAUUUUUGAGCUCAGCUGUGAACUAGAAAGCUGAUGAGCCUCGCUGGCUUUGCUGUACUGGAGCAGCUGCAGAGCUGGAGCAGCGUAGGCCAACCUAUGACUUUGGACAUCUCCUGCGUACGGUUUAGAAUAUAAGCCUCGGAGGGCCAAGUCCGAUUACUGAUCAUACAGGCUGGCCACGGAAGAGGCAGUCCAAGAGCAGCAGUCAUUGGAUUCUCCUCGAGUCCCAUGUGUUUCUUUUCUCCUCUUUCCAAUUAUUCCAACACUUGUUUCUUCGACUCCAUGCAAUCAUUUGGUCCUUUCAAGUCGAUUGUAUCUCAGCCUCAACAACAUGCAAUUUAUCAUCAGAAAGAAAGCUUGCGGACACUCGAGUCUUGUGUCUUGGAUGCAAAGUUGGAUGCUUUAAUGUUGGUGUCGAGCAAGUUGGUGCUCACAUUCAUAAUCCUGGACUUGAGCUUUGAACAUAAUGAUGGCCAAUAGUAAAAAGGAAAAAGAAUGUAAAGAAAAAGGUCUUCCUGGUUGUUCCGUGAAUCUCCAGUGAACUGAAGUGGCCUACUAAUACUUUAUGAAAUAGUCAAACAAGCCAAGUUUGGCUUGUAAUGUCAGAGAGAUCAUAUGGUGCAAGUGGCUUUUGGAAAGUGCACUUAAUAUAUAUGUUAUAGCCUCACCAUCUCCAAUAUCAUGCAGCUUAUUCCAGGAGACAAGACUUGGAACAUCCUCCAGGUUUAAUGUCUUCAAACUCUCAGUUUUGCCCUCCAGUAUAUUUAAACUAUCAUGUCUUAAAAUAAAAAUACCAUUCAAUCUUUUACCAGGCUUUCCGGUCUUUCCAGUGACCAGAGAGCAGCAUAGAGUGGAGCAGCAGCAAAGCAAAAUGACCUCACUCCUUCACAGUAGACGAGGAAAACGAAUUAGAUACAUAGAUAGGGCACACAGGAGGCCAGCAAGUAGCAGGGUAUGGGGAGGGAGACUACUCCACUAACAAUAUGGCAACUUUCCAUAACGCCCAUUCCCUCCCCUAAUCUUAACUCUGGUGGCGGUGAACCCACGUCGACCGGAGCAGCAGAAGCUCAACCUUUUGUCCUUCCACAUGAGACCAUGGGGGAAUGGGAAAGAAAUCCCGUAAUUGAGAGAUCUCGUACCACCUCUCUCCAAUCCUCUGUGUCCACUGUGGUCAUCGUUGAUGGUAUCCGAUUAAAAGGUACUGUCCCCUCACCCCUGUCCACUUCCUGCUGGUAAAUCUCCCACAUUUACAGCCACAGGCCCACGCUUGCUCCCUCCCCGCAUACGUUCUUCUCAGUCCUACUUGUAUACAGUAUGCACUCAGAUUGAGAGAUUUGGCAGGACUGGUACGUACAAUACAACAAACACAUGGUAGGCAGACCUUUGUUCCUUGCGCGCUCAUUCAAUUGUGUCAUGUGGGGUUUGGGGCUCCCGUCUCUUCUUUUGGGUUCUUUCGGUUGGUUUGUUCAUCCUUUCCGCCUUGGGGCCUCUUGCGGAUAGUCGAGUGAGUGAGCCUAAGCUGGGAGUGCUCGAUCGAGUGGAAUAUAUGUCACCAUCGACUACUACGAAUUUUCGACCGACGAUGUAGGAAUGGUAUAUGUCGGCUUGAGCUAUUCUUGUUUUCGCAAGGUGAUGGUCUGUGGAAACAGAUAGCAGUGGCAUUUUGUCCAUUAAUGGAUGGAUCACUGGUCGAUGGCCUGUCUUCCAAUUUAAUGUUAACUGGAUUCUGAGUAUCAUCCCGGUUGGGUUUUGUCAGUUUUAGUUGCCUGCAAUCAAUCACCUCAAAAACCAAUUUGGCAGUAUUAACAUGCAAGAUUUAAACAGUCACGUUACAGAGAAGCGUCGCAUCGGAUCCAGUGUCCCUGCCAGACGUAGAAGUAUUCUUUGGUGGAUUAGUGGACGGUUGAAUCACUGGAAAAAUUUUUUGAGUGUGGUUGGAAUAUAUUUUUCGAAUUGCUUCCGUUUUGGGACUCCCAUUUAAUGGAAUAGGUCAUGCAUUGGUGUCAAGGUAGUUGUCUCUUGUGCUGUCGUUCGUCAUCCAAGAAUCAAUGUUUUGGUUUAUUGGACCAAGUCAAGCCUCUAACAGAUGUCAAAUUUAGUUGCAGCCGUAGUUGGAGGAGCUGCAGGAGGUCUUGCAUUCUUGGUGAUUGUCAUUGGGUUUCUGUGGUUUUAUUUUUUGCACUGUAGGACCCCUGCAAAUAAAAGUUCUGAGACUGGUUCUUCCGACCCAUCUACGCUGGUGGAAUGGAAUAGGAGAGAUCAGAUAUCAUCUUCAGGUUGUGGUCGGAGUGCUAGGCAAUUUACUUUAGAAGAGUUGGAAGAAGCUACUAAAAACUUUAGCGAAAGCAAUCUUGUUGGCACUGGUAGUUUCGGUUUGGUGUACAAAGGUUUGCUUCUUGACGGGACUCUUGUGGCAAUUAAAAGGCGUGUAAGUGUUCCAAGGCAGAAAUUUGUCGAAGAGGUUGAAAUUUUAUCAGAGAUCAGGCACCGCAACCUAGUUACUCUUAUUGGUUAUUGUGAGGAAGGUGGUUUGCAAAUGCUAGUUUUUGAAUACUUGCCUAAUGGAGGUGUCUCUCGUCACUUGUAUGAUGGGGAACAACAUUCACUCUCAAGGCUUGAAUUUAAACAAAGGCUUGCAAUAGCUAUUGGAGCAGCCAAAGGAUUAGCUCAUCUGCACAGUCUUGCACCUCCUUUGGUACAUAAAGACUUCAAAACAAAUAAUGUCUUGGUUGAUGAGAACUUUAUUGCAAAAGUAGCUGAUGCAGGUCUUCAUAAAUUAGUGCAAGGAAGUGGAGAAAUUGGGCCUCAAGGAAGUAGCAGUAUCUUCCAAGAUCCAGAGGUUGGAGAGUUAGGAGGAUUUUCUGAAGCCAGUGAUGUUUACAGCUUUGGUGUGUUUCUUCUAGAGUUCAUAAGUGGCAUGGAGGUGGCACAUUGCUUCUCUCUAGAUUCACACAGUUUCUUAGCCCAGUGGGUGGAAGCACAUGCAGGUUCAAAUGAUCUCAUCGAUCGCAGGCUCGGUAAUGCCUUUACCUCUGAGGGAAUGAAAGAGCUAAUUGCACUAACCCUUCGAUGCUUGAAUCCAUCUGGGCAUAACCGUCCAAAGAUGCGAGCGAUCGCUGUGGAGCUUGAUCAGAUUCUCGAGACCGAGAUGGCACUGACAACAGUCAUGGGUGAUGGUACUGCCAUAGUUACCCUCGGGAGCCACUUAUUUACUUCGACAUGAACAACGAAACAUCUGUUAUUUGAUCAUAACAAGUCCCAAGAACAUAGCUUUUUGUCCAGGGAACCACCACCAGAUUUGCUGCUUUUAAAGCUGCAGUACCAGAUUAUUUUUUAUGAUGGCAAAUGGGCACUCUUGGCUGUAAUGAUCAGUGGUGAAGUUCAACUUCUAUUACCUCUGAGGUGGCUUUGAUGAAGCACACCAUGACAACAAAUGAAGCUUCAUAUAUGAUUCAACUAAUUCUUGAAUUGUGUAAAAUGAUUCUGUGGAAGAGUCCAUUGAGGUGUUUGUUAUUCUACAUGUGGGGAGAGCUCCCCUUCCUCUUCUACAAAGCCCAGUGUUUGUUAUCUCUUACUCCCAAAGUUGGGAGUUCUUUUUCAGGGAGCCUCAACAUUACUAUGCCAAAUAGGAGCGCUGUAAAGAGAACACACAAGUGGAAUUGCCACCUUGCAAUCAGACCAUUUUGCUGGCCUGAUGACCACAGUUUCAUGUUUGAUGACCACAGUUUAAAUGAUAUGUGCUGGAGGAGUGAACUGAUGACCACAGUUUCAUGUUUGAUGAUGACUGCUCCAUUUUGCUGGCCUUGACUCGUGUGAUAAUAGGAUCGACAGUCAAAAGCACCGCUACGUCUCUCUUCAGUUCUCACCUGUAUGGCUUUCGACGCCUCGCAUUUUGAUGCCGGCGACAUGUCUUCAACCGGUCCGGCGUGUUUAAUGAUGGUAGAAAAAGGUAAGUCCACUGUGUUAAGAGUAUAUUUAUACCUAAUCGCUAGGGGUAGAAGAUUUCUUAGACUAUUCCAUGCUCCCCGAAUAUUCUUUGGACUUUUGUGAUUUGGAUUCCACGUGGCAGUUACAUAUCGGAUGGUAAUUAAUCGA